GUCGCAAUGUUUUGAGAGUUUGUGCUCAGAGUGUGAGAGGUGCUGGAGGCUGGAAGUUCAAUCUGAACGCCCAGUUUUCCUGUAUUUAUAACGCUGCCCUGCUGCAGACUGCGCUCAAUUCCUGUCUGGGUUCGGAGAUCUCACUAUGCAGUUCCUAUCCGCUCUCAUCCUCGCCCUCUCUAUGUUCCCAGGCCAUGGGAAUGCACUCAGGUGCUACAGUUGCACAGGUCACAAGUGUACCCCUACAAGAAUGAAAGAGGUGAACUGUGGAGAGGAUCAAGUGUGCAUGACCGUAUCAACAUGGGGGUCCCACGACGAGGUGACCUUUGAGCAUUCCUGUGUUCCCUCCGAAACCUGUACAAACAUCAGCUUCGACCUCGGCUCCAACAAGAAAGUUAUCAGUUGCUGUAAUCGGGAUCUGUGUAACACCAGACCGGAUAACCAAAAGAACAGCCAGAUGUGUUUCGGGUGUUUGCAAGUGCUGAACGAUUUUAAGUGCAACAAAUCCGGGCAAGUGCAGUGCUGGGGGUCACAGACCAAGUGUGGAAGACUGGAACAUGUUGUCAGAAAUGCUGGUCGCAAUUUAACAAUCGACUUUCAAGGAUGUCUUUCUGAAUCGAUUUGCCAUCUGAACUCCACCCAGGCAAUGUUUGGCGUGGAACUUGGGAAAAGCUUUGAGUGUUGCGAUGGAAAUCUGUGCAAUGGAGUUGUGAGAACGGAGAUGGGAGCACUCUGCUUUCUCAUCGUGAGCCUAUACCUGCUCCUCAUCAGGCAUGAUUGACCCUGUGGUGUGUUUCGAUCUGUUUAUCCUGUACAUACUUCUCUUUAUUUAUAGGAACGCUGUUUGUAUUUAUUGCUAGCUCCUGCUGACUCAGAUCAUUUUGUUGCCAAGAGGAAAUGAAUGGAAGAGUGCAUAUUGAAAAGAGACUGAAUGUGGGCCAUGGUCAAUACUUUUGAUCUAUGUUGUACAGCUUUUGUUGGAGUACUGAUUGACUUGUGUCUGCACUGGGUCUCCAACUGAGAAAUUAACCUCAGUGCACCCCCCCCCCCCCAUCCCUGACAGCAUCCAACCCCAUCCCUACACAUCCUUCCUUUUAGACAAUCUCCAGUUCCCCAUUGAAAGACUUGAGUGAAACAGCCGUCCCCCACGCUCUGGGAAAGUACAUUCCAUACCCCGGCCGCUCAAAUGAAUCCGCCUCCCCUCCAACCCUCAGACAGUUACAGACCCUGCCCGCUGGAGGAGGCCAUUCGGGGGCCUGCCCUGCUCCUACCUUCUACGUUUCGAUGUUAAGAAGAGGCCACUGGAUAAAUCGUUGCUUUAAUGAUUGAUGUGUCCAUUGUAUUUAUAUGUAAUCUCUUCCUGAAUUUUGUACAUUGUAAAUA